GCGAGAAUGUAGGGUGAGCAGGAGGAAAGGGGGCGAUGUCGGUGAGGAUGGGAGUCCUCGGUCGGUCCGGGGGCCCGGGAUGAUGAAAGCAGACUUGGAGUCACGGAAAGGAGGGUGGACUCUAAAGUGGAGAUGGCACAAGAGGGGAAAAUGAAAUGUGGUGGCGCCCUUGGGGCGGGGCUGGGGCCGGGGCGGGGGUGACCCGGUGAUCGGGGAUUGGGCCGGGCUGCGGAGGGGCCGGGCGACUGUGGGUUUCCCGGGGGAGGAGCCAAUGGGUGGUGGGCGGAGCCCCGGGCUGGGCGCAUCUGCUGGUCUACCUCCCACCCGCACUGCAGCCGCCAGCCUGAGCCAUGGGGCGCCUCGUCCUGCUUCUACUCCUGGCUUUCCUGAUGCCCGGGCUCGCCAUCCCCGUGCCGCCAGCACUAAAGGCCCUCAGCAACCUGCACUUGUCCACCAGCUUUACAUCCCGCCCCUCUGUAGUCAUGAAGUACUCGAUUCACUACAUUGAGCAGAAGAUUGAUCAUUUUGGAUUUAAGAAUGAUAAAACUUUUAAUCAGCGGUACCUAAUAGCUGAUCAACACUGGAGGAAAGAGGGUGGAUCAAUACUUUUCUACACUGGUAACGAAGGGGACAUUAUCUGGUUUUGCAACAAUACGGGGUUCAUGUGGGAUGUGGCUGAGGAACUGAAAGCUAUGUUGGUGUUUGCUGAACAUAGGUACUAUGGACAGUCUCUACCCUUUGGUGCCGACUCAUUCCGGGAUUCCAGACACUUGAAUUUUCUGACAUCGGAACAAGCUCUAGCUGAUUUUGCAGAGUUAAUCAAACACUUGAAAAGGACAAUUCCAGGAGCUGAAAAUCAACCUUUCAUUGCCCUGGGGGGCUCUUAUGGUGGCAUGCUUGCAGCCUGGUUCAGGAUGAAAUAUCCUCAUAUCGUGGUUGGAGCUCUUGCAGCCUCUGCCCCUAUCUGGCAGUUUGAAGAUAUAGUACCUUGUGGUGUAUUUAUGAAAAUUGUAACUACGGAUUUUAAGAGAAGUGGCCCAAAUUGUUCAGAGAGCAUCCAAAGUUCCUGGGAUGCCAUUAAUCGACUCACAAGAAAUGGUACUGGCAUGGAUUGGCUUUCUGAAGCCCUUCACUUAUGUACACCGUUAAAAAAUGCUCAGGAUGUUCAGCAUUUGAAAGAUUGGAUCUCUGACACCUGGGUGGUGUGCCAGUAUUUGAACAAUCCCAAUUUAUCUGAUAAAAAGUUGCUGCAGAAUAUUUUCCAAGCUCUGAAUGUAUAUUACAAUUAUUCAGGCCAGGCGAGAUGCCUGAAUAUGUCAGAGACAUCAACUAGCAGUCUUGGAUCCCUGGGUUGGAGCUAUCAGGCCUGCACAGAAAUCGUCAUGCCCUUUUGUACCAAUGGUAUUGAUGACAUGUUUGAACCUCACCCGUGGGACUUGAAGACAUUUUCAGAUGAAUGUUUUAAACAGUGGGGUGUGAAACCAAGGCCCUCCUGGAUCACUUCUAUGUAUGGAGGCAAAAACAUCAGUUCCCACACGAACAUCAUUUUCAGCAAUGGUGACCUAGACCCCUGGUCAGGAGGUGGAGUAACCAAGAACAUCACAAACACCUUGGUUGCCAUCAUUAUCCCAGAGGGGGCCCAUCAUCUAGAUCUCCGAGCCAACAAUGCCUUUGACCCUAUGACCGUGCUAUUAGCCCGCUCCUUGGAAGUUAAAUACAUGAAGCAGUGGAUUAGAGAUUUCUAUGCCUCUCCGAGGAAGAAGCACUGAGCAACUUUUGAUCAUUUUCAGUUUCUUUUAUGUUCAUUCCACCCACAUUCCCAUUCACUUUGGUUUUCUACGCGUAUCUACUUUCCCUUUUUUAUCAUUAGAUUUGGAGGGGCAAAAAUUUGAGAUAGAAGAGAGGGUGAUGGUGGUGACAGCAGCCACCCCACACCCCAGGUUCUAGCCAUCUUUGCACCUCACCUCUUCCAGGAAGAAUUUUUUUGUGACAGCUGUCCCUCACCAUCAGUGGCCCUCAUAACUGGAGCAGAGUUCCUGACUGCCUUUCACAAGAGUUAGAGUCAGUUCCUUUGUUUCUCUGCAAGCAGGGACUUCUUUUGCUUUUGAGACAAGUCUCUGGCUCAUUUAUUAUUCCACACCCAUGCCCUCCCAAAAGGAAAAGCAGAAAAUAGAUAAAAAUGAUGUAAUUGCAGCUGAUAGGAAGGGUGUCCGAUGCCAAUCCAGGAUAUAGGAACUGUUUCUUUUGUACUUGAUUUACAGGCUUUGAACUGUGCUGUAAAUAAAGAAUAAGGCUGGACCU